CUCAGGUCGCACAGCUGGGACUGGGUGAAGCCCGGAUGCAAACCCAGGCUCUCCGGCUCUGGAGUCUCUGCUUCUUGCCAAAGCGACUCUCUAGGUCUGAGUUGGGAUCUUUGAAGGAGUGGAUUGUGUUUCGCUUGAAGAAGAGUUUUAGGGAUUUGGUGGCACUGCUGUCUGCAAGCAUUUGAAGUGAAAAAGGGAUUGAUCAUUACUGGUUCUGUGAUACUCCAGUCGGCAGAACUUAGGCCCGCCGAGAGAAAACGCUUUUGAAUACUAAAGGCGGGGUGUAGAUUGGUCCUGAAAUACAGGAUGCAUUGGCAGGAACACCCGGGGGUUUCCCGUGCUCCUGAAGACUUCCUGACAAAACUCAAAGAUUUCUUGCCGCUGAAGUUGCCCGUGAACUGCGGGGUAAGAUGGGUCUUUGAAUUUGGUGACCCUCGAAGAUCCUUUCAGUGCCAAGAUCUUUGGCGUGUUCCGGUGAGAGUCACAGACCUCACGGAUUUCCUUCGUGUUCCGUGUGUCACCACAUAAAUCUUUCUACCUCAUGGUGGCAUCUCCCUGGCGGGACUUGAGAGAUUGCAGUGAGAUAAAGCGGAUACAGCACUCAUUAGAGCUCAGCGUUGGAACACUCUUUUUAGACUUGGACAUGGCCUCCUCCAAGAAGGUUACCCUGUCUGUGCUCAGCCGGGAGCAGUCGGAAGGGGUCGGGGCGAGGGUCCGAAGAAGCAUUGGCAGACCCGAGUUGAAAAAUCUGGACCCAUUUUUACUGUUUGACGAAUUUAAAGGAGGUAGACCAGGUGGAUUUCCUGAUCACCCGCAUCGAGGUUUUGAGACAGUAUCUUACCUCCUGGAAGGGGGCAGCAUGGCCCAUGAAGACUUCUGUGGACAUGUUGGUCAGAUGAACCCAGGAGACCUGCAGUGGAUGACCGCGGGCCGGGGCAUUCUGCACGCGGAGAUGCCUUGCUCGGAGGAGCCAGCCCACGGCCUGCAGCUGUGGGUUAAUUUGAGAAGCUCGGAGAAGAUGGUGGAGCCUCAGUACCAGGAACUGAAAAGUAAAGAAAUCCCUAAACCCAGUAAGGAUGGCGUGACAGUUGCUGUCAUUUCUGGAGAAGCCCUGGGAAUAAAGUCUAAGAUUUACACUCGCACACCAACCUUAUAUUUGGACUUCAAACUGGACCACGGAGCAAAGCAUUCCCAGCCUAUUCCUAAAGGGUGGACAAGCUUCAUUUAUACCAUAUCUGGAAAUGUGUAUAUUGGGCCUGAUGAUGCACAACAAAAAAUAGAACCUCAUCACACGGCAGUGCUGGGGGAGGGUGACAGUGUCCAGGUGCAGAACAGGGAUCCUGAGAGAAACCACUUCAUCCUAAUUGCUGGGGAGCCAUUAGGAGAACCAGUUGUCCAGCAUGGUCCAUUUGUGAUGAACACCAAUGAAGAGAUUUCUCAGGCCAUCCUUGAUUUCAGAAAUGCAAAAAAUGGGUUUGAACGAGCCAAAACCUGGAAAUCAAAGAUUGGAAACUAGUGAAGAGCACAAAAGCAGAUCUCAGUACUUUCUAGAAUUUUGCCACUUGUGGCAUCCAUCUAUUCAGCAUAUUCUGUUUCCAAAGCUGACUUAGCCAGUGCUUCUAAAGAAUUGCACACUAAAGUGAUAACACGGUUUUGAUAGCAAUGCAUGUGAGGUAUUUCCCGGUACAUGCAAAUAAACCUAAUUGUUGCUUCUUUAAAAA